UACCUCUGUGGCCUCGUUGCGAACAAUGGCGCUAGCAAUGCUCAUCAUGAUCUCUAGCUUAUUCUUCCAUUCUUCAUAUGCUUCCUCAGAUGACUUCCUCCGGUGCCUCGCGGCGUCCAUACCGAACAAGGUUCUCUUCGCCCAGAGCUCCCCGCGGUUCCCGUCGGUCCUCGCGUCCUCCGUCCGGAACCCCAGGUUCCUGACGCCCGGGACUGCGUGGCCGCUCUGCAUCGUCACCCCGACGAACGCGUCGCACGCCCAGGCCGCCGUCGUCUGCGGCCGCCGCCACGGCGUGCGCCUCCGCGUGCGCAGCGGCGGGCACGACUACGAGGGCCUCUCUUACAGGUCGGUGCGGCCCGGCGCGGCGUUCGCCGUGGUCGACCUCGCCCGCCUUCGCUCCGUGCGCGUCACCCGUGGACCGCCCGCCACCGCGUGGGUGGACUCCGGCGCGACGCUCGGGGAGCUCUACCACGCCGUCGGGAGGGCCAGCGGCCGUCUCGCGUUCCCGGCGGGCCUGUGCCCGACGGUGGGCGUCGGCGGGCACCUCAGCGGCGGCGGCUUCGGCAUGCUCCUUCGCAAGCACGGCCUCGCCGCCGACCACGUCGUGGAUGCCGUGCUGGUCGAUGCCAAGGGGCGGCUCCUGGACAGGACCUCCAUGGGGCGCGAUGUAUUCUGGGCCAUCCGUGGCGGCGGCGGAGGAGGGAGCUUCGGCAUCGUGCUGUCGUGGCAGGUGAAGCUCGUGCCCGUGCCGCCGACGGUCACGGUGUUCACCGUCGCCAAGUCAGUCGAGGAGGGCGCGGUGGACAUCCUCGCCAAGUGGCAAGAGGUCGCCCCGGCUCUCCCCGACGACCUGUUCGUGAGGGUGCUCGUCCAGGGACAGGUGGCCAGCUUCCAGUCCCUGUACCUGGGCACCUGCGACGCGCUCCUGCCGGUGAUGCGCCACCGCUUCCCAGCGCUCGGCGUGAACCGAAAGCACUGCAAGGAGAUGACCUGGCUCCAGUCCGUAGCCUACGUCUACCUCGGCGCCGGCGCCACCGUGGAGGACAUCCUGAACCGGACCACCGCCGUGGACGUGGUCUUCAGCAAGGCAACGUCCGACUACGUCCGGCGUGGCAUCUCCAGAGACACAUGGGCGGAGAUCUUCACCAGAUGGCUUGCGAGGCCAGACGCGGGGCUGAUGAUCCUGGACCCCUAUGGCGGCAAAAUCGCCGACCUGCCGGAGUCCGCCACGCCAUUCCCGCACCGUGGAGGCGUGUUGUACAACAUCCAGUACAUGAAUUUCUGGGAGGGCGCCAACGAGGAGGCGGCGCGGGCAGGGUGGGUCAGGGAUGUGUACAGGUUCAUGGAGUCGUACGUGAGCAAGAACCCGAGGGAGGCCUACGCGAAUUACAAAGACCUUUGGCUCGGUGAGAAUGUCGUCGGCGCCGGUGCCAUUAGGAGCUACGAGGCAGGCAGGGUUUGGGGCGAGAAGUACUACAAGGGUAAUUUCAGGAGGCUCGCCAUGGCGAAACGUGAGAUAGACCCUGACGACUACUUCAGCAAUGAGCAGAGCAUUCCGCCGCUUGCUGUCCAGCUCAUCUUGACGAAUAUGGCGCAGGUGGAUCGAUCCUACUGA